AUUCUCCGACCCUGUGUGUCUCUUCCUGUAAAAGUCAGAGCAGAGUAAGUCAUGUUUGCUUUUUCAGUGCGAUGCAGCUGUGGGUGUAAAAAUAUUGCGCAUAAUCUUACUAACAGUCAUUUCCUAUACAGCUAAAAGGAAAUUGCAUGUUUCAGGAAACAGAGCGAUCUGUCUUCUGCAAAUGAACUCACACCCUGAUGUCAGACGAUCACAACAGAAUAACUAGCAUGGAGGUGGACACGACUUUCAUCAAAUCAAAGAGGGGGAUCCUGAAAGUAGCAGAGAUGGUGACUCUGCUUGUGGCCUUUGUAUGUUUCGCUGUAGCAUCCAGACCAAAGUACAUUGCAGCCACAGUGUUGGAGUUUGUGAUCACCUCAUUGCUGGUUCUGCUGUACCUGUUCAAGCUCAACAAGAGGCUGACUUUCUUCUUUUGGCCUCUCAUUGAUGUUUUUAAUUCAAUAUUUGCAGCCGUCUACUUUAUUGUUUUGAGCCUGUUGGCUGUGACAACAUACACUGUCACAGGAACACUGGUUGGAGGGAUCGUAGGUUUGAUGUCAGCUGGGCUGCUGUGUGUGGACAGCUAUGUGCUUUUUAAGAACAUCACAUUCAACAGGCCAAGAAGUGAAACCCAGAAUCAAAACAACACAUAAAUAUGUAAAAUGCAGUAAAUUAUUACACUAUACUAUGUGAGCACUGAUAUGUUCUAUUUGUACCAGUUUCCGCAUAUUUAAGAUUCCAUUCCAGCUGUAUUUGUACAUUUCUUAAAGUUUUUUAACAGAUAUUUUUAAAUGGAUAUAAGUGAUCAA